AUGAAUCAUGCUCGAGAUGAACAUACAGCAACCUUAUUAAUGGAUGGCAGAGUACUAGUUUCCGGAGGCAGCACCAUGAAUGAUGUGAAUCUAAAUAGUGCAGAAUUGUAUGAUCCAGUAACAGAAACUUGGACAUAUACUGGUAAUAUGAGCCAAGCACGACAUGGUCAUACAGCAUCUCUGUUGCAAGAUGGAAAAGUAUUGGUUACUGGUGGAAACAACGGUAGUGAAUAUCUUGAUAGUGCUGAGCUGUAUGACCCAGCAACAGGAACUUGGAAAAAUGCUGCCGAUAUGAAUGACGAACGAAAUUUUCAUGCUGCUUGUAUGUUACCAGAUGGAAGAGUGUUAGUUAGUGGUGGAUAUAAUGGUGAUGUUGUUUUAAGAACUACUGAAAUCUAUAAUCCAUCAACAGGUCUUUGGACAAUGGUUGGUAAUAUGAGCGAUGCACGAGAUGGUCACACAAUGACUAUGUUGGACAAUGGAAAGGUAUUAGCUACUGGCGGAUUUGGCGAUCAUACUUAUCACAAUACCGCUGAAUUGUAUGAUCCUACAGCAAAAACUUGGAGAACUACUAGUAACAUGCAUUUUGCAAGACAAUUUCAUACAGACACUGUCUUGAGCAACGGUAAGAUUUUAGUAACAGGUGGAUAUCGUAGCACUGACGCUGAAGUGUACAAUUCAACAAGAGGAUAUUGGAAAGCUUCUGGCAAGAUGAAAUACGCUCGAUCUAAUCAUCAAGCAUCUUUGCUACCAGAUGGCAGAGUAUUAAUUACUGGUGGAUAUGGUGAACGGACCGAAAAUACGACUGAACUUUACGAUCCAUCGACUGAGAUUUGGUCAGUCGGUCCUCAUAUGGCUAGUGCACGAAGUUUUCACAGAGCAACCAUACUGAAAGAUGGAAAAGUAUUAGUCACCGGUGGAUCUACUGGAAGCAAAAGUUUAGAAACUGCUGAAUUGUACUUUCCAUAA